GCUGUAGCAGGGGAGACAAAAUCGAAGUCCAGCGAGAGUCGAGCUCAAUGAUCUCCUCAGCUGGUUAAUUUGCUUCCAUCGGCAUCGGAACAGAUACCUGAAACUGCCGGCGAUACGGUUCGACUGAUUUGGCCCUAAGAGCUGCUUCAUCAUCAAUAUUUUCCUGCAAUUUCAUAACGUUCUCUUGAGAUCUCCUUCAGAACCUCCUUAUUUUUUCAUCAGCUGAUAUUGGGAGUAGGUUGAAACUGCUGCUCCAUUAAGAAGAGAAAGCACAAAUUUUGUAGAUUGAACAUCAGUGAGAAUGGUGAUUCCUUUAGUAGCUUGCUGCCAAUGUUUUGAUUCGUGAUUAGAAUGUCUUCAUCGCUUCAGGAGUAUCUAUCAUCAGCAGAUCUUAUUGCUGGUAAUGACGACCUUAUCACUGAAAUUCUAUUGCAUGUUCCUGCAAAAUUUGUUAUCAGACUGAAAUUGGUGUCGAAGAGAUGGCUUUCCCUCAUUUCAGAUCACAAUUUCUUAGUUCGACAUAAUAUCAAGAAUGCUGGUUCAAUUUCUGGCCUUAUCAUCUCUUAUUUACAAGGCCGACAAGUGUCACCAAGUUGCACCUACAUUCCUAUUGAUGGAAAUCAAGAAUCAGCUUUGGCACUCACGAGGGAAAUUACUUUUGACCAUGUUCCUAACUCUAGUUUUAGCAAAGUUUUGCACUCAUGCAAUGGCUUGCUUUUGUGUUGGGCACAAGGUCAUAUGGAGCCUGCUGCACACAAAUUUUAUGUUUUCAAUCCAACAACCAACCAAUUCUCAACUCUUCCUUUACCUCUUAUCUAUGAUAGAAGUUGGACGAGCUUUUGUUUAGCAUAUGAACCUUCCAAACCAACUCUCUACAGGGUUGUUUGUGUUCAGUUAUGUGAAUCAUUUUGUAAUAUUCAGAUGUAUUCAUCUGAUACGGGAGUUUGGGAGAUGUCUUGUAACAAUGGAAUUGAUGAAUUUACAAGUGAGUUUUACCAUGGGGUCUUCUGGAAUGGAGCCAUUCACUGGAUUGGUUUUUCUGGCCAUUGUUAUUGUUUUGAUGUCGAUCAAAAGUGCUUACAACGAAUGCCAUCACCUCUUCUUCCUGAGGACUGGAACAUUUGUCAUUCCCAUUAUUUUGAGGAGUCUCUAGGCAAUUUGUAUUUUGUUGCUUUUGACAAUACUAGAUCCUCUAACUUCAUUGUCUUUGAGAUGAAUAGAGACUACUCUGGAUGGUUUGUGAAGCACCAAUUGAACAUAAAUACCAUAUUGCCUGCUUUUCCAGAUAUUGCUGAGAGGUAUCAUGGUUUUGAUAAUGUUUGUAUUUCUAUUCUCUUGGUGGUUGAGAUUGAAGGUGAAGGGAUGAAGCUAGUAAUGUACAUACAUGGGGAACCAGGUAAGGUUAUAUCUUACAGCUUUGGCGAUAAUGCUUUCAAGAAGCUUUGUGAUUUUGGUUGUUACUCAGGUGUACCAUGGUGGAAUGCUUUCAAGUACAUUGAGACUUCGUCUUGUUUCUGAUGCUUAUCUUUUGAUCAUAGCUCAUGUCAUUAACUAUGGUUGAGAAUAGUGCUGUGUUCAUGUUAUAGACUUAUUGCGUCUGCUCUUGUUUUCUCAAAUUAAUACUUUUCACAGUAUAUUCUCUUUUUGAAAGCUUUGUUUGGUUCAUGAAACAAAACUUGUUCCAUAAUACUGGAUAAGAGUUUGCAUU